CUCUCUCUCUCUCUCCCCCCGCUUUCCUUUCCUUUCCUUUCUCCUCACUACUGCUCACUGCCUUGUGGUGGUGGUACUGCAUUUUGCUCAGAGCGUGUCCUGUUGAGUCUUUGGGAGUCUCACCGCUGAGGAAAAGGGUAAAAGUUGAAAAUAAAAAGGGAAAGACUUGCCUUCAAGCCCACACGCAGCUUGGGGUCUUGUUUCUCUUGAAGAAACAGAGCACUCUGCUUCUGAAGAUGCCACGCCCAGGCCCCAGGCCAUAUGACUGUGUUAGAAGAGCUUGGCAUAGUGACACGCACCAACCCAUCAGAGGAACCCUCAUUCAAGAAUUUUUCAGGGUUGUCAAUGAUAUACAUGGCCCUGCUACGAAGAAGAAUAAAGAGUACCAGGAGAAGCUCCCUAUUGUGGUGCUCAGGGCGGAAGAAAUUAUGUACUCCAAAGCCAAUUCUGAGGCGGAAUAUAUGGACCUUACAACACUCUUGGUGAGAGCAAAUGACGCCAUUGAUACAGUAAUUCGACGCGAUGAAAGCACCGAAACUGGAGAGCAUCUCCUGCCUUGCAUUGAAGCUGCUCUGUGUCUGGGGUGCACUCCUGUAAAAGCUUCAAGGAGUCAACGCAAUAGCCCAAGGUGUUAUCUAAGUCCCACGGUUCAAGAGCCAGUACAGAAGCCUGCAAGAGGAGUUCAUAUAGCAAAACCACAUUUUGUAUCUCCUUGCUCAAAUUUUGUGAAAUCUACGCGUCUGGGUUCUGAAUAUCCAAGGUUGGCUUUCCGGAAUAAUGGUCCCAUUCCUUCCUCUAACACAUCGGCCUUUGUAUCUGACCAUUUCCCUUCAACUAGUAAAAAGCAGUGCUUGGAAUAUCAACCAUUGUCAAACUUGUUUUCAGUUUACCCCUUGUAUUAUGGGAAUCAUCUCCCAGUUGAUGAAUCCCAUCAUGGUUCUACAAUCUUGCAUAAAUCCGUUUCUAACACUUCCGGACCAGCUAUUGUAGGUGGUGUGGGAAAUCACUUGGCCUCCAACGUCACAGCUUCGAAUCAGAAACCUCAGUCGCUCAAAAGGGGUGAUCCUGAUCAGAACCAACCCACAAUGGGGGGAUGUGAUCUGUCUCUCCGGUUAGGUCCUCUCUCGAGUGUUGAAGAAAGGAAUAAGCUCAGCGGUGAACUUGCCCAAACGAUAAAAAAUUCUCUUCCUUUGUGUGGGACAGACCAACAGUUCAGAAACGCAAGGCAAAUUUCAUUUGUUUGAAGCCUUAGAAAUCAGGUGUGAGAAAAGUUGAGGUUUCUCUCUAGAUUAGCGUUUGCGUUACUAUGCCUCUUGAAAUGGCAGUCCAAUUAUGUAACUUUGAGGAUUGUCACGGCUAUGUUUCAGAACACUCCUAAGUUAAUGUAAAUUUUUGGGGGGAUUUCGGGGUGUUUCUGCAAUGAAGUUAAAUUUGUUAUGUCGCAA